AUGGUUGGUUUUACUUUAGCAUUACUAUUACCAUUUUGUUUAAUUGUUUAUGGAUGCUGUGAACUUUUUGAUAAAAAUUUCUCGAACCGAUUAAAGCACAAAAAUGAUGAUCUUACUAUACCAACUUUGCCGUAUGAUCACGAUAUAUCAUGGACAGAAAAUUGCCGACGACGUUUUUAUCUCUUUACAAUGGAAAUUUUACUAAUAUUUUUAUUACUCGGUAUAACUGGAAUUUUUAUCACAAAUAACCAUUUUGCGACAUCAAUGCAAAAGUCUACAAAAUUCGUUAAUGCUGCUUUUGGUGACAUGAAUAGAUACGUUAAAAAUUCACAUAUGCAAAUAAAUUUUUUAUUAGCUUCAGCGAUUGAUCAGACAGUUGAUACCGUUCAAAGCGAUUUAAACGACGUGGAAAGACUUUUGGGACGACCAAUACAACAAAUCAUUGCCGAAGAAACUGGUAUUGAUGCGGUUCAUGAUUCUUUAAUGCUUGUUAAUCAAGCUUCACAAGAAAUUUCGAUAAAGGUAGCAAAUUUAUUAGAUGAAUGUCAAAAAGCGUUGGAAAUAACAAGAGAUGGCCAAGUCCGUUUGCGUGAAUUAAGACGUCACAUCGAAUCAACAAUAAGGCAAUGUACCAUACAAGACAAACCAUUAUGUGGAACAUUAGAUUCGACCAACUUAGAAAUAAUCCUCAAGGUUGAUUCGUUAUUAGCUGACCCCAAUUUGUCACAUUUGGAAUUCUUAUCAAAUGGAAAUUUAACGGCGGUCAUUAAAAAUUCACGUAUAGAAUUUGAAAACAUUCCACGAAUUAUUGUUGAAGAUAUUCAAAAAAUUCGUGAAGGUACAACAAUUUUUUUACUCCUUUUAUGGACAUUAAUUACGAUAUCUUUAUGUUGUGGAUGUUGUGGAAAUGAACGAAAAGUCACAUAUUGUAUAAAUUUUGUAUUGUUUUUAAUAACAACUUUUUCAAUUGGUUUAUGGGCAUUCACAAUUAUUGUAUUUAUAAUUGGUGGUCAUUUGGAAAUAUUCAUAUGUAAACCAUUAUACGAUGAACCAAACUAUGAAAUUCUUAGUAAUAUUUUAGACAAACCAAGUGCAAUUUUUCAAUCAGGAGGCUGGUUAUCUAAUAUUUUGCAAGCAAAUGAUUCAUUAGAUCUACCUUUUAGUCAUGUUAUGAGAAAAUGUCGAGAUAAUCAAGCAUUAUAUCCAACAUUUCAAUUAAAUCGUAUUUACGAUUACGAAUCAUUAAUAAAUCAUCAUUCGUGGAUGGAACUUUAUGAAGAAUUUAAUAAAAUUCAAUUAAAUAUCAAAAAUGUUCAAUUAUUAACACCUGACCUACAACAAUACCUACAAGAAUUAAUUCAUGCAACACAAAUCAAUUUUACAGAAUAUCGACGACAAUUAUCAACCCCAAUCAUUGGCAAAGAUUUAAAUUCUUUUACGAAUCAAUUAGAUGGUGUUGCUACACGAAUUACAGAUUUUAUGACAAUAUCACGAAUAGAAACAUUAUCGAAACGUACGCAGAAAUUUAUUGGUACACACGUUCAGCCUUUACAAAAACAUCGUGAAACUAUUGUAUAUAUUUUAACUGCGAUGGAAAUACAAAUACUGCCAAUACAAAUUCAAGCGAAUCAAAGUUUGGCACAUUUAAAAACGAUACAAUAUUAUAUACAAAAUCGAGGAGCAAUUAUUUCUGAACAGAGAACCAGAGGAUUUACAAAUCGAUUAAUAAGUUAUCUUGAUCAAUAUAGAAAGAAUGUUUUAAGUGAAUUAAACUAUAAUCUAGGCGGUUGUUUAUCACUUUGGAAUAUAUUCGAUUCUGCCAGAAUUUACUUAUGCAAACAUAUCAUGGAUCCAUUGGUAAGGCAUGUAGUUUAUCAAAAUAUUGUAGCAAGUCAACAGAUUUAA